GAUAUGCCCAUAUGCUUAAUCUCAAAGGCUUUACUUUCAACACAUCAAACCUUUGUUAUUCAUUUAAUAUUAUAAUUAUAAUUAAAAUAAUCCAAUAUAUAGCAUAAAUAAUUUAUAUAAAAUCAAAGGUACAAUACCCAGAGCCAGAACUUCUCUGAAAACUUGAUAGUUUCAGUUAGAGUAGAAAGAAUCACUCCAAUCAUCAUCUUCAUGUACUGAAACAAGAUCAGUUCAUAGAAAGUGUAUUAGGAAGAUGAAAAUGGGCUUGGGUUCAAUGAGAUUUAGGGCCUUCAAAUGGGCUAUUUGGUUCAUAGUUAUGGCUACUUGGAUCGGCCCAGUAAGGCUCACUUCAACUAGCUCAUCCCAAACCUUGCCUAAGCACAGCUUUGACAAUUACAGUGUUGCUCUCAAUAAAGCAAUGCUGUUCUUCAAUGCCCAGAAAUCUGGAAAACUGCCCAAAAGCAAUGGAAUUCCAUGGAGAGGGAACUCAGGCUUACUAGAUGGAUCAAUACUGAAAGAUGUGAAUGGAGGUUUAGUGGGUGGAUACUAUGAUUCUGGAGAAAAUACCAAGUUUCAUUUUCCUUUAGCCUUCUCUAUGACAAUGCUAAGCUGGAGCUUGCUCGAAUACCCUCACAAAUACCAUGCCGUUAAUGAGUAUAAUCAUGUUCGCGAACUCAUCAAAUGGGGGACUGAUUACUUGCUCUUGACUUUCGACUCCGAUGCCUCCAAGAUCACCAAAAUCUAUAGCCAGGUUGGUGGUGCCUACGAAAAUUCAAAAUCGCCUGACGAUUUUAGCUGUUGGGAGAGACCGGAAGACAUGGAUUACCCUAGACCAGUCCAAACAGCAUAUGCAGGGCCAGAACUAGCAGGGGAAAUGGCCGCAGCCUUGGCAUCAACUUCGAUUGUAUUCAAUGACAACCUAACAUACUCGAACAAACUCAUUAAGAGUGCAGAAGCUCUAUUUGCCUUUGCUCGAGACCCACAAAAAAGAAGACCCUAUAGCCGGGGGAACCCUUGGAUUGAGCCUUACUACAACUCGACAGGGUACUUUGAUGAGUACUUGUGGGGUGCAACGUGGUUGUUUUUUGGUACCGGAAAUCUUAAGUAUCUCACUUUAGCAACUAAUAAAGGAAUAACUAAGAACGCUAUGACAUUGAAAUGGACUAAGAAAGCAGGAGUCUUAAGUUGGGAUAAUAAGGUCCCUUCAGCUUUGAUGUUGUUGACGAGGCUAAGGCUGUUUUAUGCUCCGGGCUACCCUUAUGAAGCAACAUUGGCAGAGCAUCAUAAACUUAUUUCUUUGUCCAUGUGUUCUUAUCUCAAACCCUACCAUCUCUUCAAUUGGACUCAAGGAGGACUAAUACAUCUGAAUGAUGGAGGGUCUCAACCAUUGCAGUAUGCAGCAAAUGCUGCAUUUUUGGCAAACUUAUUUGCUGAUUACCUGAAUGCUAGUGAGAGUGCUGGAUGGACUUGUGGCCCCAAUUUCUUCACAGUAAAAACUCUUCGGGAAUUUGCAUCAUCUCAGAUAGACUACAUUUUAGGCAAAAACCCCUUAAGACUAAGUUACGUGGUGGGCUAUGGAGACAAGUAUCCGACUCAUGUGCAUCAUCGAGCAGCCUCAAUUCCAUCAGACGGUAAAAAAUACUCGUGCAAAAGUGGGUAUAAAUGGAGGGACAGCACCAAACCCAACCCUAACACCAUUGAAGGAGCCAUGGUUGGAGGACCUGAUCAAUUUGAUCGUUUCCACAAUGAUCGUAGAAAUCGUGGCUCUGCAGCACCUACCUUAGCCGGAAAUGCUGGACUUGUGGCAGCACUUGUGUCACUGACUAAUAGUGGUGGUUAUGGUAUCGACAAGAACUUGUUGUUUUCGAAAAUCCCGCCACCAAGUGUUACUUACUGAUAGAAUUUCGACAAGGAUAAUAUGUUUGUACACAAAAUGAAACAAUGUAAUGGUCUCUAAAUAGAAAGUAAAUCCCUAAUAACACAAGUGAAGAAUCCAACAUACUAUCUAAUUUAGGUAACAAGACUAUAAUAUUUGACAUGGUUUCUAGUUUCUGGUGAGUAGUAAAUUUUAAAUGUAUUAUACAGAUAAGUGUAUUAGUAGAAUUUUCAGUUUCAUCAUUGUUGCAUGAACCUGGUUCUUCAGGAGCAAUCCUACCAGGGCCCAAUAAUGAAGAAACAACAACUUUUCUUCGAUUUCGUGAAGUUUGCAAACCUUUUAGCUUGUAUUGUCGUUGUGGCCGUUAAAUUUAGCUGGACGUAUUGUAAAGUGUUUGUCUUUAUGGUAUGUGUUGGUUACGUGUUAAGGCUUGACAAGGUCUUGGAGGAAUUUUUAAAGAAGGUAACAAAGAACAACGUCACAUGAUUUACUAAUUUCAUA